AUGGCCCAGAAACGUGCUGGAAAGAUGGGAGUGGCCCAACCAUCUCCAAGGAGAAAGGACGAGACGUUGGUACCGUUCCCAAACCGCGCAUUUUGGUUUGGGGGGGAUGCAGAAAGGGCUACGACCCAGAAGGAGAGAAAAGCGCUGAUUCAGUAUCAUAUUGAACACAGCACUGUAACGGUCACCAGAGCGGAUGGAACGACACGCCCGGCGUUACCUUUCCCUGAGACGUUUGCUGGGUUCUGCACACAGACGGGAAGCAGCAAGGUCAGAGGCUACUAUGACGAAGAUGGAACGAUUGUUGGUGGCGCCACGGAGCCACGAACGUAUUGGAGGAAGCUCAUUUCAUACUUCCCUCCUGGAAGACAUACCAGCCUGAGAGCAGUCCUGAAGCACUUGGCCGAGAUACAGCCACACCAACAGCCUGCGAACUCAGCCCUGUACACAAGCGUGAAGAUGAAGCUGGAGACAGUCCUGAAGGAUGCAAGUUUCCGUGGAUGGAAGGAGGAUGGCCCGAAGAUCUACAACUGGCCCACUGUGGAGGAGCUGGAGGCACUCCGAAUCUACGGAGAUGCAAGCCGAGGCUUUGGCGUUCUUCCGGAGAAGAUCUUCGACCUUCUGAGAGACACAGCUCUGGUCUUUCUGCUGAUUCCUCCAGACCAGAGAGUGAUCCCCACGUUCUGGAAACGACAGGCAGAUUAUCUGGGCUUACAGUACAAGGACGCGGUUCCAGAUCUUACGAUUCCCCAGAAGACGCAGCAACCACAACCCUCCCAGAAGCCACCUCCCAGCAUUCCCCAGAAGGAGGAUGCGCCUGCCACAGCCGCACUGACGGAUCGCCUCGCGGCGAUGGAGCGUGACCUCAUGCGCCUCGGAAACCGCAUUGGCACCACGGAGUCAGGACAGGAGAGGGAACAAGCCUCGAGCGCGGCUGUCCAGAAGAUGAAAACGCAACUGGAUGCUCUUCAACCACUGACACCAAAGGUCGAGAAAAUGGAGAGGGACCUUGAAUCCAUGAAGCUGAAGGUGGACCUGAUGUGGGAGGCAUUCCAGGAGGACUCGCUGAGGAGGGGACUGGAUACCCUCGUCCGAGAAGUUCUGGCUGAACACACAGCCAGACUGGAAGGCAUCUGCACAGCCAUUGGGAACUUCGAGCCAGUCUUCGACAUGGACCGUGGGGAGACGAUAUCUAUGGUGUUGGGAAGGACACUGAUGAUCCAGAACUUCCUGAGAAAAUCGUUGCCUCGGGACUUGGUCUGGGAACCGUCACAGACAGACCAUCAAGUAUACCAGGAGGCUGGAGGCAACCUCGAGCCCCACCGCAUGGCGAGACUCAUCAAGGAAGAACGGGAGAUCAAAGGUGUCACUCGGGAAAGAAUGACCGUCUCACAAGCACCAAUGUCUCCUUUCGGAGCGGCGGAACCAUCAGAUCACCCAGGACUGACGGGACAAGGAAGCGCUCCCGCACAGAAUCAGCAGGAGGAAGAAAUCGGUCGGAAGGGGAAGUCAGUCCGAUUUGCAGAAGAGCCCAGGCAGGAGGGGGCUCACCAGAGUCAUGGGGCGCAUGAUGAGGACUGGGAGGCACCAGCACUCCAACGGGCUCAUCUGGAGGAGGGAAAGGCGAAUCCCUCACCAAAGGCGGCUGUUGGAUCGCAAGCGAAAACUGGAGGUUGGACUAUCCCUCCUCCCGUCAUGGAAACAGUUGUCCCACCCUACAAGAUGGCGCGAAGCUGGGCUCCGGGAGGGGCUCUGGAGACAGCUUUCGGCAUUUAUGACCCUGGAGCGGACAGAAUGGUGCCGGCACGCCAGAACACGGAGCUCCGCGAAGUAUUUGAAAAGCCACACACGCAGUCCGAGGCUGAACCGCCGACCAGGAAGGGGGGAAAAUCCAGUUCGACCGUUGAACCCAGACUCCGUGAUGUUCCUAAGUCCUCGGGAAAACCGAAAGGAAAGCUGACACGUGCUGGGAAGGUGGGGGACCCGACGGGAAGACAGAACUUGGAGGAGAAUCUGCGUCAGGACACGUCCACUGCUGAAGUUGUCCCUCCGGUGGAAGAUUCCUCAUCCUCAGAACAGUCUUCCCAGGAUGCCUCGAGUAUACCAGGGGAGGUCAUUUCGAUCGAGUCCUCAAGUGAAGAUGAACAGGGUAUCCUCGGGGGAGAACCAGCUGUGCCGGCAAACAACAACCAGGCUCCCAGAGAAGAUGAGGAGGGACUCUUCUAUGAGGUCGGACCGAAGCAGACGGAAACCAUGGAGCCUACAAAGGCCCAGGAUGAGAGUUCUGGAAAGCCAGCCGGAACCGGCCCCACGGACCAACAGGACCCGGGAAGAAAAUCCUCGGGGGAGGACCCCAGCGAUGGGAAGGACCAACCACUCAGAUCGGAGGCUGGGGGAGUAGGUUCUUUUAUGGCACAUUCUCGCCGGGUGAGCUCAUCUGGAAGACGUCGCCAACGGGAAAAACAGACCUCGCAGAAGCGCUCGCGACCGGAGACUUCUGAGAUCGCAAGAGCGGGCGGAAGAGAGAGAGCUGCAAGCGAGGAAGCGUCUUCCGAGGAGCAGGGAUUUGAGCUGAUAGACAGAGAAGCUGUCGAGGAGAGGCCAGAUGACCCUCCCAAGAGAACAGCAGAGUCGGAAGGAGAGGGAUUCGCGACUGUGGACGCGACCACUGGUGAGGGGGUCUCUCAGAAACGCAAGAACCCGAUCCCCGGGAAGGAGCAUAACACCAGAUCAGCCAAGAGACCCAAGACAGGAGCCGAACAGCCCGCCCCGAUCAAAGAAAAGGCAGCACCAGAGACGCCUAGCGUCAAACCCCGCGCAAAGAGGGGAGCCAAACCUCGAGGUUCGAGGAGCUGA